AGAAGGCGCGUUCACGUCCACGCGCUCCCAUCAGGAACACAACACUCGCGUUUGUCCUCCAGCAUGAACUCCGCCCGGCUCUGUGGAUUCUGAAGCCCGCUCUCACACCCCAUCUCGGACCGGCGUCAAGGCUCCUCCACACACCCCCUCGUUCGCCGCCGCGACCACCACCCCGGUUCUACCGCCUCCCUCCAGCCGCAGUCCGCCGGCCCAGCCAGGAGAGGAGGAGGGUGGGGGGGACACCAUGUCCAGCAGCCCCGAAGAUGCUCUCUCCAGGGGCGGCGGCUCCGACCUCAAACUGGCCUCCUCCAACAACACGUCGCCGGAGGGCACGCAGCCGCCGCAGCUGCACCAGAGCCGGAUAAGGCAGUCGGACAGCAACACUAGCUUCCUGCGGGCGGCCAGAGCUGGAAACAUCGAUAAAGUCCUUGAGUUCUUGAAGAAUGGCGUGGACAUCAGUACGUGCAACCAGAAUGGACUGAAUGCGUUGCAUUUGGCAGCCAAAGAGGGACACCAGGAUCUCGUGGAGGAACUGUUGGACAGAGGAGCACCUGUUGACUCGUCCACUAAGAAAGGAAACACUGCCCUCCACAUCGCCUCGCUGGCCGGCCAGAAGGAGGUAGUCCGCCUGUUAGUGAAGAGAGGAGCUGAUGUCAAUUCGCAGUCUCAGAAUGGCUUCACUCCGCUCUACAUGGCUGCACAGGAGAACCACCUGGAGGUGGUGAGGUACAUGCUGGAGAACGAGGGAAACCAGAGCAUUGCAACAGAGGACGGUUUCACCCCGCUGGCCAUCGCCCUGCAGCAAGGCCACAACUCUGUGGUUUCCCUCUUGCUGGAGCACGACACCAAAGGCAAAGUGCGCCUUCCCGCCUUGCACAUCGCGGCGCGCAAGGACGACACCAAGUCGGCCGCGCUGCUGCUCCAGAACGACCACAACGCCGACGUGCAAUCCAAGAUGAUGGUCAAUAGAACCACAGAGAGCGGUUUCACCCCUCUGCACAUCGCCGCUCACUAUGGCAACGUGAAUGUCUCCACCCUGUUGCUGAACAGAGGAGCCGCUGUGGACUUCACAGCAAGGAACGGAAUAACGCCUCUGCACGUGGCCUCCAAGAGAGGCAACACCAACAUGGUGGUCCUGCUGCUGGACCGAGGCGCUCAGAUCGACGCUAAGACCAGGGAUGGACUGACUCCCUUACACUGCGCAGCCAGAAGUGGGCACGAUCCCGCGGUGGAGCUGCUGCUGGAGAAAGGAGCCCCCAUCUUGGCCAGGACCAAGAACGGACUGUCCCCGCUGCACAUGUCGGCCCAGGGCGACCACAUGGAGUGCGUGAAGCUGCUGCUGCAGCACAAGGCGCCGGUGGACGACGUGACGCUGGACUACCUGACGGCGCUGCACGUUGCCGCCCACUGCGGACACUACCGGGUCACCAAGCUGCUGCUGGACAAGAAGGCCAACCCCAACGCCCGAGCACUGAAUGGAUUCACGCCGCUGCACAUCGCCUGCAAGAAGAACCGAGUGAAGGUGAUGGAGCUGCUGGUGAAGUACGGAGCAUCCAUCCAGGCCAUCACUGAGUCGGGCUUGACUCCCAUCCACGUCGCUGCCUUCAUGGGCCACCUCAACAUCGUCCUACUUCUGCUGCAGAACGGCGCCUCGCCCGACGUCCGCAACAUUCGCGGUGAAACGGCUCUGCACAUGGCAGCCCGGGCGGGCCAGAUGGAAGUGGUGCGCUGUUUGCUGAGGAACGGAGCACUCGUGGACGCCAUGGCCAGGGAGGACCAGACCCCUCUUCACAUCGCGUCCCGUUUGGGGAAGACCGACAUUGUGCAGCUGCUCCUCCAGCACAUGGCCCACCCGGACGCCGCCACCGUCAACGGCUACACCCCCCUGCACAUUUCAGCCCGGGAGGGCCAGGUGGAGACCGCCGCCGUGCUGCUGGAGGCCGGCGCGUCGCACUCGAUGGCCACCAAGAAGGGAUUUACUCCGCUACAUGUAGCAGCUAAGUACGGAAGCCUCGAUGUAGCAAAACUGCUCCUACAGCGUAAAGCUCUCACUGAUGACGCAGGCAAGAAUGGCCUGACUCCGCUCCACGUGGCGGCUCAUUAUGACAACCAAGAGGUGGCGCUCCUGCUGCUGGACAAAGGGGCAUCGCCUCACGCCACCGCAAAGAACGGCUACACGCCGCUUCACAUCGCCGCCAAGAAGAACCAGACAAACAUCGCCUUGUCGCUGCUGCAGUAUGGUGCUGAGACCAACGUGCUGACCAAGCAGGGAGUCAGUCCGCUGCACCUGGCGGCGCAGGAGGGACACGCCGAGAUGGCCGGCCUGCUGCUAGGCAAAGGAGCUCACAUCAACGCGGGAACCAAGAGUGGACUGACUCCUCUGCACCUCACGGCACAAGAGGACCGGGUCAGUGCUGCAGAGGUGUUGGCCAAACAUGAUGCCAACGUGGACCAGCAGACCAAGCUCGGCUACACGCCCCUGAUAGUCGCCUGUCACUACGGAAACGCCAAGAUGGUCAACUUCUUGCUACAGCAAGGUGCCGGUGUCAACGCCAAAACCAAGAGCGGGUACACGCCUCUCCACCAGGCCGCACAACAAGGGAACACGCACAUCAUCAAUGUUCUGCUGCAGCACGGAGCCAGACCGAGUGCGACCACAGUGAAUGGAAACACAGCCUUGUCUAUCGCCAGGCGUCUGGGUUACAUCUCAGUGGUGGACACGCUAAAAGUGGUCACCGAGGAAGUCACCACCACCACGACAACGGUCACGGAGAAACACAAACUCAAUGUGCCGGAGACCAUGACGGAAAUACUGGAUGUGUCGGAUGAAGAAGGUGAGGACACGAUGACAGGUGACGGCAGCGAGUACCUGAGAGCAGAGGACCUCCGUGAGCUUGGAGACGACUCCCUGCCAGGACACUACUUGGACAGCUUCAGCUACAUGAGCCACAACCUGGACAGGCCUCAGCACCAAAGCUUCCAUCAGAGCGAAGGUCUUCUCAUUGAGGACAUGAUCACAAGCCACCAGGUGUCAGCGCUGUCCAGAGAGCAAGAUAAAGACUCCUUCCGUCUGAGCUGGGGGGCGGAGCAUCUGGAUAAUGUGGUGCUGUCCUCCAGCCUGUUGCACUCUGGCCGUUCGUCUCCCUGCCUAGACCUUGACAACAGCAGCUUUCUGGUCAGUUUCAUGGUAGACGCGAGAGGCGGGGCCAUGCGUGGCUGUCGUCACAAUGGCCUCAGGAUCAUCGUCCCGCCAAGGAAGUGCUCCGCGCCCACCAGGGUGACUUGCAGGCUGGUGAAGAGACACCGCCUGGCCUCCAUGCCCCCCAUGGUUGAAGGGGAGGGCCUGGCCGGGCGCAUCAUCGAAGUGGGGCCCACCGGGGCACAGUUUUUGGGUAAGCUCCACCUUCCCACAGCUCCGCCCCCUUUGAAUGAGGGCGAGAGCCUGGUCAGUCGCAUCCUGCAACUGGGUCCUCCAGGAACCAAGUUCCUCGGGCCUGUGAUUGUGGAGAUCCCACAUUUCGCUGCUCUCCGGGGCACUGAGAGAGAGUUGGUCAUCUUGAGGAGCGAAACAGGAGAAAACUGGAGGGAGCACCAUUGUGAUUUCACUGAAGAGGAACUCAACCAGAUACUUAACGGCAUGGAUGAAAAACUGGAUUCCCCCGAGGAGCUUGAGAAAAAAAGGAUCUGCCGAAUCAUCACGCGAGACUUUCCGCAGUAUUUUGCUGUGGUGUCUCGCAUAAAGCAGGACAGUCAUCUGAUUGGCCCAGAGGGCGGCGUCCUUAGUAGCACACUUGUUCCUCAGGUCCAGGCUGUCUUCCCCGAGGGAGCCCUCACUAAGAAAAUCCGUGUUGGGCUGCAGGCUCAGCCUAUUGAAGUUGACGUGGUGAGAAAGAUCCUUGGCAACAAGGCGACAUUCAGUCCGAUUGUCACACUGGAACCAAGAAGGCGGAAGUUCCAUAAACCAAUCACCAUGACGAUCCCCAUUCCUAAGAGUUCAAACAGUGAAGGUCCUGGAUCAGUGUAUAGCGGGGAGACGCCUACUUUACGUUUACUUUGCAGUAUUACAGGAGGGACUACACCAGCUCAGUGGGAGGACAUCACUGGGUCUACACCGCUUACCUUUGUUAAUCAGUGUGUUUCCUUUACCACCAAUGUGUCAGCAAGGUUCUGGCUGAUAGACUGUCGACAGGUUCAGGAUUCUGUCAGUUUCGCCUCUCAGUUGUAUCGAGAGAUCAUCUGUGUGCCAUACAUGGCCAAGUUCGUCAUCUUUGCAAAGACUUUAGACCCCAUUGAGGCUCGACUACGCUGUUUCUGCAUGACUGAUGACAAAAUGGACAAGACUCUGGAGCAGCAAGAGAACUUCACUGAAGUAGCUCGAAGCCGAGAUGUUGAGGUCCUGGAAGGAAAACCCAUAUUUGCGGACUGUUUUGGAAACCUGGUGCCUCUUACCAAGAGUGGACAGCAUCAUGUGUUCAGCUUCUUCGCCUUCAAAGAGAACAGACUAGCUCUCUUCAUUAAAAUUAGGGACACGGCCCAGGAGCCAUGCGGCCGCCUUUCCUUCACGAAAGAACCACGCACAUACCGCAGUUUGAACCACAAUGCAAUCUGCAACCUUAACAUAACCCUGCCAACAUAUUCAAAGGAGUCUGAUUCAGACCAAGACGUGGAUGAUGAGAGUGAAAAGAGUGACAAGAAAUUGGAUUGGCAAGAUGAUGCUGACAGGAAAGAGGAGACAUUAGCCAUCAUUGCAGAUCUCCUCGGCUUUAGCUGGACUGAGCUGGCAAGGGAACUUGAAUUCAGUGAGGAUGACAUCCAGUCAGUUAGGUCAGAGAAUCCUAAUUCACUUCAAGAGCAGAGUCAUGCCUUGCUUCAGCGAUGGGCUGAACGAGAAGGCAAACAUGCCACGGAGGACUGCCUGAUUAAAAGACUGACCAAGAUCAACCGCAUGGACAUUGUUCAUCUAAUUGAAACCCAGAUGAACAAGUCAAUUCAAGAGCAAACCUCGAGAACGUAUGCUGAGAUUGAGAAAACACUGGACCAUAGUGAAGUCUCAGUGGCUCUGUCUUCAGUGCAAGAGGAUGUUGACAGCCCCAGAAUUGUGAGAAGGAUAGAGUCUGAUCGCAAGCCACCCCCGGCUGUUUCUGAGGAGGACCUCUCCGUCGCUUCUCUGUUAGACAUUCCUUCAUGGGCGGAGCCUGCUGGACAUACUCACUCAGAGAGCAUGCAUGGUGACCUGUUGGAGGAGCUUGAGAUCACGCAUGAACUGAACCCAAGCCUGUGGACCUCAGAUGAUGUAAAUUCACAUGAACGUACACGCUAUGUCAACUUGGAUGAGCAAGAGAUCAACGCAGAGCUCAGCUCAAUGUCUGAAAGUUCAGAUGAUGAAUUGUUGAGUACCAGAAUUGUGCGAAGGAGAGUUGUCAUUCAGGCUGAUGAAAUGCCUGACCUUCCAACUCAGUCUGUGACAGAAGAAAAGUACAAAGAUGAAAAUGGUCACAUUGUUGUUAGAAAGGUUUCUAGAAAAAUUAUUCGCAAGUGUGUUUCUUCGGAUGGUGUGGAGCGCGAGGAGGUCUCAAUAGAGGGAACCCCCCACGGGUCCAUCAGUGUUGCAGAAGGAGACGGCUACUCCAAAGUGGUGAAACGAACUGUACUCAAGAGUGGGGGAGACCAUACUGAGGUUACAUUCUCUGAAUGUGAGGGUUUCUCAACAUCACAAGAGACCUCUGAGAUCCGUAAAGUCAGCCUGGCAGAACGAACCACAGUAGUAGAGGGUAAAAGAACAGUGACACACAAAGGAGACAUGUCAUUGGCCUCUGACCUCCCCUCGGCCCAAGAUGACUUCAAACAGGGCCCACAUGCGUGAAGGUCAGACCCUCAGACAGACGGUGGUGCAGGGAGCUGGGCAACGCAAACAGGUCCUUCUCGAGCAAGUGGACGGCCCCGCCAAGGGCUCCAAACCCCACGAGCUCCAGCGGCAUCUGCACCAGCUCUUUCACCACUUCUACCAAGAACAAGAGGAGGACCGUGACGGCGACGAGGAACAGUAGAAGAAUGUGUAACGCACUAAUUUAAGGCCCCCCGCCCCCGCACCUCCCACUACUUCUCCUAUGCAUUAUGCCACAUGUAAUCUUAGCGCGCACCUACAAGCUACCAGUCUUCCCGUUUCAGCCAAACAAACGUCGUCCAUGAUGAGACAUUUCCUUCCCUUGCUGGGUGUGUUUCGAGAAUUUAUCGUUUGCCUUGUUUUGUGACCAAAGAUGAGCUGUUUUUUUUUUCCUGAUCAGUCUUAGGUUUCAUGUCAACAAAGUCUUGUCAUCUAAAAAAAAAAAAUGCCAUUCACUUGAACACUUGACCUUGGAACCACUCUCUGGUGAGGACACUCGGACGUGGCGAUAAGUCGCAGAAAGACUUUGCGGAAUAAUCCCGGCAAAGAAUAGUCAUCGCACUCGAGUCACGUCGAGUGCGUUUAUUUAACCGCUGCUGCUGCUGCUGCUGUUGUGUUUCCGUGUAGGCCGCGUGUAAUCCGUCUUUCGGGCAUUCUGAUAUACAAGAAUUUCAUCUAAUCUAGACAAUACCGACAUCUGUAGCCUAGAGGUGAUUAAUCAACGGUGUGGAAAAAGAGCAGGCAUGACUAAUCAACAUCAGCUUUGUCGUUUUCAUCUUGUUUGUGCGUUAUGUUUUAAUCAGACAGACUUUUCUGCGCACUGCGUCCUAAAUGAUUGACGGUCUUACUGUGUGAACGGUGACCGUGCUGUCGGUUGUUAUGUCGUCGGUCCCUGCAUGACCCGGUCGGCAUCUGCUUGGCCGGAGUGGAUUCAUUUUGGAUCGUCUGAGCAAGUGGUAGAAACAUUACUUAGAUUACAGUAAGGAAGGGAUUCAUAUGGCCACAUAUGGAGAGGGGGCAUGCAGUCUGCUGAAAUGAUGGAAAGUGCCACUCGAGGUGGGGGGGAAAUGAUACAUUUUUAGAUGCAUCGCAUUUGGGACGUGGGCAAUUGUAAAAUCCAUGAGUAAACGUCAAUAAUUGAUUAUUUAUUUAUUGUAAAUAAAGUAUUGCAGACAGUUCCACCUCACAGAAAGAUCCGACUAGCUUCUUUAUUUUAGGACACAUAAUAAAUAUAACAAGGAUGAAUUCAACUGUUUUUUUUUUAAGUUGCAAGUGAUGAAUGUAAUGUAAAACUGUCUCAACAUACAGUACAGGCCAAAAGUUUGGACACACCUUCUCCUCAUUCAAUGCGUUUUCUCUAUUUUCAUGACUAUUUACAUUGUAGAAUGUCACAUCAAAACUAUGAAUGAACACGUGGAGUUAUGUACUUAACAAAAAAAAGGUGAAAUAACUGAAAACAUGAUGCUCGAUGAGCUUCAAGCACUUUGCACACUUUUGGCAUUCUCUCGACGAGCUUCAAGAGGUAGUCACCUGAAAUGGUUUUCACUUCACAGGUGUGCUUGAAGCUCAUGGAGAGAAUGCCAAGAGUGUGCAAGGCAGUAAUCAGAGCAAAGGGUGGCUAUUUUGAAGAAACUAGAAUAUGAAACAUGUUUUCAGUUAUUUCACCUUUUUUUUGUUAAGUACAUCAAUCAAUCAAUCAAUCAAUGUUUACUUGUAUAGCCCUGAAUCACAAGUGUCUCUAAGGGCUGCACAAGCCACAACGACAUCCUUGGCUCAGAUCCCACAUCAGGGCAAGAAAAAACUCACCCCGAUGGGAUGACAAUGAGAAACCUUGGAGAAACAUAACUCCACAUGUGUUCAUUCAUAGUUUUGAUGUGACAAUCUACAAUGUAAAUAAAGAAAACACAUUGAAUGAGAAGAUGUGUCCAAACUAUUGGCCUGUACUGUAUAUAAAGACGCAUCAAUAAUAACAAUCGUAGCUCCUGAGUCGUAACGGAAUGGCAAGGUGCCCAAAGAUUCCUACCUCCACCAUGUAGCAAAGUUGUAAUCACAGCAAAACACAUUUUAAAAUGCUCAACGCUUCAAUUCGUCACGUUUCAUGUGUCGGGUAAACCGCGGCGAAUGGGGCCAUAUGAAUCCCCUUCCUACUGUACAUCAUUGGACUCCUGCUGUACUCCUCAUUUGUUGUUAUUUAUUGUAAAAUCGUUCACAUUUUGCCAUUAAAAGAGGUCAAAUGGUGUUUUUCUUAAUGUAUUUAUGAUUAUUAACAUGUGUUGAGCGUUUGGGAGUGAAAGUUGCUUUUUUUUUUGCAUUACUUUAUGUACGGCAACUGUAGAAACAUUGAUUUUACACAACCAUGAUUUGCACUCCUGAAUGUCGGGAUGGAACGCCUCCAUGCUGUUUGUGCACUAGCUGUGUUCAAGUCAAAUAUAUCCUUUUUGUCUCAUUCUUUUUGGGCAGGAGGAUAGAGACCGGUUUAGUGCUUCAAUAAACCAUUAUUCCCUGCUCGAAGCAUCGCUACUGUAUGUAAAUCAAUCAUGUCUUUCAUGUCACCGUCACUGUUUGUUUACUUUGUGAUUUAGAGAGAGGACUAAAACAUGCUUUGUGGAAGUUCACUGUGACCGGUAUAUAUAGACAUAUAUAUAUAUACAUAUAUUUUUCAUUUGGAGAAAAUACGAGCACCCCUUUUUCUGUGAUGCUGACAGUUAUAUACUCACAUGAUGCAUAUGUAUAGAUAUCUAUAAGGGCAUGUCUUGCUGUUCAAAACUCAAAAAGAUCCAACAAAAUGGCUGCAGUGUGUUUAUGGCUGACAAAUGAAAGCUGAGAAUAAAAGUUUCAAAAUGUA